UUAACUCUUAAGAAAUGUCCCGCAAUUCGGGAUCCGUUUAGAUAUUACGAAAUUAAAUGCAAAGCUGAGUCGCCUUUUGGAUGCUUAAUUUUAUUGUGUCAAGCCAAACGCGGCAGUUAACGUUUGCGCGGGAAACGAACGCGCGCGCCAUUAAAAUUUACCGCCUCUUCUACAAUUCGGCAUUAUUGUGUAAGGUUUUUGUGUUUAAAGUGGAGUUUACAAGAACCGAUAUUAGUUUACAGGCGAGACAACACAAGAAACGCGGAAAGCACGAGGUACGAAACAAAGAAAACGUUAUAGAAGAAGUGUUGGAUGUAGAAGUUAAAGAAAACGAAAAGGAUUCAGCGGAAAGUGAAAAGGAAAAAAACAAACAAUGUUACGAAAUCAAACACUCGGAUGUUAUGGGAAGGUACGUGGUGGCCAGUCGGGAUAUAAAGCCAGGCGAGGUGAUAGUGGAAGCUCCAGCGCUGGCUGUGGGUCCGUGCAGCGGCUGCGGGCUUAUCUGCCUUGGCUGCUACAGAGAGCUCGACGAGAGCAAUAUAUACAAGUGUACAGGUUGUAAUUGGCCAUUGUGCAGUAAGAGCUGCCCAGGGGUAGGGUAUUAUACUGGACACUCGAGUUACGAGUGUGAAGCUUUGAAGGACUCGUCACCAAGCUACGCGAACAUUGAGGAGCUGAAGGAAUGCUACCACGCCCUCAUGCCAUUGAGAUGUCUUCUUCUCAAAACGGCGGACCCCGAAAAGUGGGAAGGGGUCAUAGCCAUGGAGGCUCACAACGAAUUACGCAAGUCCCGGGGUGACAUAUGGCCGGCGAACGAGAGGAAUGUUGUCCAGCGGCUGAAGAGCUGGGGUUUCAAGUUCGAUGACGUGGAGAUACACACUGUUUGUGGGAUAUUGGAGGUGAACGCUUUCGAAGUCGGAGGCAACGGAGCGAACGCGCGCGCCUUGUACGACGGCGCGUUCCUAUUGGCCCACGACUGUACGCCGAGCACAACGCACACGGACGCAGAGCGGGCGCCCGGAAGACCUCUCACGGUCAGGGCAUCCGUGGCGCAUCGGGCGGGAGACCUCGUGUCGCUCUGCUACGCCUAUACCUUACAGGGUACCCUUAAGCGUCGUGAGCACAUUCGCCUGAGCAAGUUCUUCGAAUGCCGCUGCAGACGUUGUUCGGAUCCCUCGGAGCUGGGAACCUUCGCGAGUGCCUUCCGCUGUCCCAGGUGCUCGGGCAGGAUCCUCUCCACCGCACCCUUGGAGCCCACCGCCCCCUGGAGGUGCCUGGACAUCGCUUGCACCUACACCAUGACCGCGGGGGGAGUUCAGGCUAUGCUCAAAAGGCUGACGGAAGAACUGGAGCAAAUAGACGCGAACGACGUGGAGGGCUUCGAGAAGUUCCUCCACAAGUAUCGCAACGUGCUCCACGACAACCACUACCUGUGCCUGUCCGCCUUGCACUCGCUGAGCCAACUCUACGGCAAAAUCUCCGGUUUCAUGAUCCACGAGAUGCCGGAGUCCCAGCUGCACAGGAAGAUCGAGAUCUGCCGCGACCUGAUGAAGGUCUUCGACGUCAUAGAACCGGGAUACUCCAGGUUACGAGGUAUAACACUGUAUGAACUUCACGCACCUCUUAUGGUGCUCACCACGAGAGACUUCGAGAAGAAAGCCAUCACCAAGGAGAAUCUAAGAACCAGAUUAAAAGAGAUCGUGAGUUAUUUGACGGAAUCGGCCCUGAUCCUGGACUUCGAGCCGAAACAGUCCCCCGAAGGCCUCAUGGCGACGGCGGCGAGAGACGCUCUCGAUAAGAUCAAGACUUGGGAACAAAUUAUUGGGAUAAUGACACAGAUCGGAAGCUGUGCUAUCUGCCUAGCUCCGGCUGAGCAAAAAUGUGCAAACUGUCAGUUGGUACAUUACUGCUCAAGAGAUCACCAGAAGCAGCAUUGGAAGACACAUAAACAGUACUGCACCCCCGCAAGGGUGAAGACAGAUGAGAAGUAUGGAAGAUAUUUGGAAGCUACGCGACAAAUCAAGCCAGGGGAUGUAAUUUUGAAGGAAUCUCCCCUUAUAACUGGCCCUGCGCAGGUAACACCGCCCGUGUGCCUUGGUUGCUAUAAGAUGCUAGAAGAAGAGAAAACAGUUCCAUGCGCUAAGUGUGGAUGGCCCAUGUGCAGCACAGAGUGUUCAGAAAGAGAUGUCCAUAGGCCAGAGUGCUUCUACACGCAAAAUAGAGGGGAAAAGGUCAAAAUAUCAACUUACGGCGUCCCACAUCCAAACUACCAAUGCAUUACAGUACUCCGUUGUCUUUAUCAACGUGACCACGAUCAGAAGCUGUGGUCUAAGCUACAAGCUCUCGAAGCACACUGUGAAGACAGAAGGGAUACAGACAAGUGGAACAACGAUAGGAAGAUGGUUCUAGAAUUUAUCUGGAAAUUCUUUAAGUUGGAGACGACAUUCAGUGAGGAAGAGAUCAUGGGGUGUUGUGGGAUUGUACAGAUAAACGGACACGAGGUUCCUCUUCUUGAGCCGGAGUACGUGGCCGUGUUCGAUAGGAUAUCAAUGGUAGAGCAUAACUGUCGGGCCAACUGCAACAAAAGCUUUACAUCCGAAGGAGAUAUUAUCCUAUGUGCAGGGUGUCUCUUAUCACCCGGAACACAUAUAUCAGUGUGUUACACAGACCCCUUAUGGGGAACAGAGGCGAGGCGUCAUCACUUAGCUGACUCCAAGUUUUUCGAAUGCACCUGCGAGAGGUGUUCCGAUGUCACAGAGUUUGGAACUAUGUACAGCGCUGUUAAGUGCAAGAAGAAGAACUGCAAAGGCUACCUCAUACCAGAAACAUUCAUUCUUCCCAUUCUACACAAGACAACAUCCCCGGACCCAAAGACACGUGGUUUGGACAAUAAAUUCUGGAAAUGCCCGGUUUGUGAGGACGCGGUUUCAGAUGCCAUCAUACAACAGCUUUUGCAAGACAUUGGCAAAGAGCUGAGCGCUCUGCCCAAAGAAGACCCUGAUGCUUGCGAGAGAUUUAUCGAGCACUGUAGCGGCUACCUCCAUCCAUCUCACUACUAUAUAACAGACGCUGGACUUGCUCUUGCGCAGAUGAUAGGCCAGCAGCACAACCUCGGCCUCGCCGGUGUCUCCGACGACCGCUUGCUUCUCAAAACGCAGCUCUGCCGGAAAAUAACUACCUUGCUGGAGACCUUAGCACCGGCUGAAACUCGUUUACGUGGUUCCUUACUGUUCGAGCUCCACGCCGCAGUUGCGGAGACGGGAAGGAGGAAAUCCCUCAUCGAUGGACCGAUGGUGAUGCUGGGAUACGUUACGGAAUCUCGUAAAAUCCUCUCCGAGUCUGCGAACCUACUUCGCCAUGAGCCCGUGGAGUUACCAGAAGGGCAGGUGGCCCGGCAGGCCAGGAUUAACCUGAUUCAAAUGGAUGACCUCAUAGAGAAACUGUCGAAUGCUCUCCCUUCGCCACUCUAGUUGUUCUUUCUAUUUACUAGUAAAUGUAAAUUAUGUUGAAUAAAUUAUUUAAUAGUUAAA